AUGUCUGGAUACGAAUACACAGGCCAGGAGGUGAACUACCAGGUAAUCGCAGAUAUAGUACAGCUCCUUGAAGAGAACGGUAUACCAUGUCUCCUAAUUGGCGACUACAUGUAUGAAGCCAUGGGAAGCCCUGGACUCCGUGGUAACAUCGAACUCGUUCUGGAAAGCUAUGAUAUAAACAGAGCAAUCCGCAUCCUCCGCAAAGCCAACUUUCCCGAUGAGCAACCCAUGUACUACCCCCAUCUUCUCUGUCCUUUCCCCCACAUGGGACAAAAGACCUGUUCAGCCCGCGAAACCCCCUUCAUCCCCUACCACUCCUUCCACCUAAACGGGAGUGUCUGGGCAGAGAUGAACACAGUGUUUCACAUUGAUCUCUGUCUAUACGAGAAGCGAUAUCUGUUCUGGGACCUGCCUGAGCUCACUCUAGGAGAAUUGUCCGAAGAUGACCCCCAUUUCAUCCUAGCCAUUAAUCCCUGUCUCCCUCCCCAGAAGGACAAGCAGCAUUGGGGCCGGUUUCCUGAUACCCUGUACCCGGUCAAGAUGCCCAUGCCGGUGCGGUAUGUCGAGGCGAUGAUGCUUCUGACUGCCCGGGACUGGCAAAUCAAGGGACAUGGGUGGGCUUGGCGGGCUGAGAUUGUAUAUAUGUGGAAGCAUGUGAAAGGCGUGCUACAGGGGUUCUUUGAGUUGGAGAGGUUCAAGCCGAUAUUUCGCUUCUGGUGGGCGGAUUUGGAGAGUUCGGAGACAAUGUCCGGUGGGGAGGUGCUGUGUGUGCAUAAGCUGAGGGGGCAGUUGGUGGGGGCUGGUGUGAUGCCUGAGACGCCGCUUACUUGGUUGAAGACGUAUGAUUGA